CCUAGACAAACAUUGAAGUGACAGGGGUAAUUGGUUAUUACCUAGGUAAUCAUAAAAUGCAAAGUGAGAAAGUUAUGUUCAUAGAAAGACACAAUUCCUCUUAUGAACGCUGGAACUUACGUAGAGUUUAUUAGUCUCGUCAUCCCCGUCCUGCCCCGUCCAAAACCCUAAAAUAUGGGAGCAUCUACAGCAUGGGUCAUGGAUCAUCCAUGUGUGGCGGAGCGUCGGACAGUCGGACGGUCGGAUGGUCGGACAUAAUCCUUCAGAAAGCGAAAAAGAUUAUCCUGAAGGUUGGCAAUCAACAAUAUUUUUCUUAUUCUACAACCAUUUAUGGGAUGGGUAAACGUUAGAUGCACCUUUGGCUGAGACCCGACACUCGGCAUCCAAUGACAAAAGCGAUAUGUCCGGAUCACCUCCAACGAGACAGCGUCCGUUACCUCCCCCGAAUCGGCGGCGGGACAAGCCUCAAUUAUCAUGUAAUCCAUGCAGGAGACGCAAGGUUAAGUGCGAUAGACAACAGCCAUGUCGUACCUGUUCCAUGAGAGGACUGGCCAUGGCCUGUACCUAUCCGGAUGCCUCGUCACGUCCCUCAGAUAGAGAACCUGUUACUACCGUGCAGAAUCGUAUCCGUGAGCUUGAGAGCCUUGUACAUGUUCUUAUGCAAAAAGCAGCACCGAAGAACCCGUCAAAUGUAACAUCAGCACCACCGCCCGAGACCUCCGUCUCUCCCGUCGAGGGUUAUCCUGACCCUGGCGUAGGAGCAAACGGGUCCUCAGAACCGUCUGAUUGUGGAACAUUGACAAACACUCCCGCUGGAGUUAACUACGCCGAUGGCGCACAUUGGACCGCCCUUUUAGAUGGUAUCUCCGAGCUCAAGGACUGCUUUCAAGACACAUCAGAGGCCCCCUCAAACAUGCGUCAUACCAUUCCGCCGCAAGCCGUUCCGGAAUUUGCACCUCACCCCCAGCUUCUAUAUGGCCGUUUCGCCCAUAUCAGCAAGGGGGAAAUUCUAAGCACGCUUCCGGCCCGACCCGUUGUUGAUCGACUCAUAUCCAAAUUUUUUAAUACGAUCGACUUACAUCCAGCACUCCUACACAGCAGCCAGUUCAUUCGACAGUACGAUCAGUUCUGGGAAGAUACUUGCUCAGCCCCUAUAAUGUGGGUAGGAAUCUUGUUCGCUAUCAUGUCGCUUGCGCUCUUACUCUCAUUGCCGCAUGCGAGUUAUGAUCCGAGCACUCAGCCGUCCGACCUGGAGAGCGCUACUCUGAUCAGAGCAUACCGGGAAAAGGUCGUCCAGUGCCUAAUGCUAGGCAAGUAUACUAGGGGUGGGCCACAUACUAUCCAAACUCUUAUCCUUUAUAUUGCUAUAGAGCAUUUGAUCCACGAGGACUCGGAGUUUGGUACUCAUAUCUUAUUGGGCGUGAUUUUGAAUAUCGCCAUGAGGAUGGGCUAUCACAGAGACCCCAAGCACUUCCCCGUCAUAUCACCCUUCGAGGGUGAGAUGAGAAGGCGAACUUGGGCGGCCGUAUACCAAGCGAACCUUAUCUUUGCCUCCCAAAUGGGCCUACCUAGUAUGCUCAAGGAUCAUCAGAUAGACACGGAAGAGCCCCACAAUUUAAGGGACACCGACUUUGACGAAAAUACGACGGAGCUACCACCAUCAAGACCUGAGAGCGAGCUAACACCGGUUCUAUAUAUUAUUACGAGAACACGCGUCGCACACCUAUGGGAAGAAGUCCGCGACCUAGCUACUGAUACCAGACGUCACAAAUAUGAAGAAAUUAUGGCCAUGGAUCAAAGGGUGCAUACCGAGCAACGCCGUCUUGCACCAGCCUUCAGAAUGCAACCCAUAGGACAAUCAAUAACUGAUCCACCACAGUUAAUUAUGCAAAGGAUCUGGUUACAAAUUUGUUUCCUUAGGCUACAAAUUGUGCUACAUAAGAAGUAUUUCAUGAAUCCUACGCAAAACGAACGUUACAGUUACUCGCGAAACAUAUCCGUAAAGGCCGCCGUCGAAAUCAUCGAAUAUCAACACAUGGUUUAUGACUUGGUGAAGCCGGAUGCUUUAUUAUACGACGCUCGGUGGAAACUUUCAUCCGUGAUGAACAAUGAGUUUAUGUUGGCAACUGGUAUUUUAUGCCAUUAUAUAAAGCAAGUCGACGGCGCUCCGCAAAGAGGUGUCGAAGGAGUAAGCACAGAUGAAAUCAAUAAGCUCCUAUUAAAGUCCUCUGAAUGUUGGUCGAGGUACGCUGGCACAUCUAGGCACGCUCGGAAGGCUAUCGAGGCUAUACGUUUAGUUCUUAAGAGCACGAGUACUCCAACGUCUAGUCCUACCAGCGCAGAAGAUGAAUUCGGUCAAAUCGAUUUUCAAGAUCCUCUACUUAUGGACCUCAACUUUCCAUGUUCAGUAGAUGGCUUUUAUAGCGGAGACGACUCUACAACUAUCGGCGACCCUUCAAUUGAAUCAGCUCAAUUCACCAUGGGUGGAUUUCUUCCGUGGAAUAUUUUGAAGGGUUAACCGAAAUCUUUAGGUCAAAGAUGCGUCGCAAUCUUUGGUCUUUUACUAAACUUCCCAAUCAUAGAGCAUAAUAGAAAGCGGGAUAUUACAAUACUCACUUCUUUGUUCUAGCCAACCUUGUCUCAGCUCCGUCUUAGUUUGACAAUAACUACUCCACAAGCUCAUUGUAAUC